AUGUCAGACUCAGGGCUUGCCGCUGCGGGGAGCAGCUCAUACGCUUCAAACACGCUUCAUGUUGGAGAUGGCACCUGGGACUCGGGGCGGGAUACUUUCCUGCUGCCCAACCUGAUGGGUGUCAACUUUGAGACGAUGCGAUACAACGGCAUGGGCAACCGUUUCAAGGAUAUGGCUGGGUACCAUUCCAUAAUCAUCGCGCACGGUGUGAUUGCAACCAUUGUUUUCUUGGGCAUCGUCCCGACUUCAACAUUAAUAAUUCGAUACUACUCCCGAUGGAAUCCAUACUGGGCAUUCAAAUUACACGCUUGGUGUCAGGUGCUGACCUUGCUCUUGACCACGGUCGUGUUUGUGCUCGGGUGGUUUGCCGUUGGCCCGGAAAGAAGCCUAACUAAUCCCCAUCAUGGAAUUGGUCUGGCAAUCUACGUCUUGGUCAUCUUCCAAGUACUCUGGGGCUGGUUCUUACACAAGAAGGAGAGUAAAAGACAGCGAGUUACAGUCCCAUUGAAACUGGUGUUUCAUCGCUGGAUUGGCCGUGCCCUCGUACUACUCGGCAUUAUCCAAAUCCCAUUGGGACUCACGCUCUACGGCUCGCCAAAGGUUCUGUUUAUCUUAUUCGCGUUGACCGCUUUCGGCUACUUGGUCCUUUACUUUAUACUUUCCUACCGGUAUGAUACUGAAGGGUAUCCCAUGAUGGGAAGUGACCAUGGUGGUCAUAGUCAUUACACCGGGCCUUCAGAGGUCUCAGAGCACCAUGGCCACCACGCUGGAGAAGCUCUCGCCGCUGGCGCUAUGGGUGCCGGCUUAGCUUCGAUGUUUCGACGACGUCCCCGCAGUCGCCACGCAAGCCAGGUUUACGAAGGCUCCCGUACUUCGAUCUCCGAUGAGAAAUACUCCGAUGAAUCUUCGCAUCACGAUGGUGGUGGUGGUGGUUUUGGCAAGAAGCUUCUCAAAAUUGGCGCACUGGCUGGGGCUGGCCUCAUGGCCAAGAAGUUCUGGGACCGUCGAAAGAAACGAGAAGAUGAUGCCGAAUCAGGUCGUUACAAACCCGCCCAUUCACGCAGUACGAGUCACACGGAUGAAUCUCUGAGCAGGAUGGAGGACGGUCGACCAGAACCCACUCAUCACACGCCACUAAAUCGACCACCGAGCCGGGCACCAAGCAGGUCACAAAGCCCAGGCUCGUCGUACUAUUACAACAGCACAUAUUUUACCGAGCCGCCUAGGCGAAAUGCCUCCCAUGGCGUUAGAGACGCGCUUCUGGGUGCGGGCGCUUUUGCGGCAGUGAAGAGGAUGUUCAGUCGCAAAAAAGACGACGAAGAGAAACGGCGUUUGGAGGUUAUCAGGCGCCGAGAAGAAGAAGAUGAGGCGCUGCAGAGAGCCAACAGCAGAAGACGGCCACAGGCUGGAGAAAGUUUCUACCCAAGAAGAAGGGCGAGUUCAUAUAGUGAAACCGACCUGACCGAGACCGAACUAUCACGUCCUCCGCCUCGGCAUGCAUCACAUGGAGACUCUCUCCUCACUACAGAACCACCUGUUGCGUCCGGUGCUCUGCAUAGCGUUGUCUCGGAUAUGCCACCGAUCCCCCCGAGCCAUCAGCAGCUUUCCGGUGACUUAAGGCCUGAGCGUCCUCACUCCCGCCAUUCUCACGUACCUGAUGGAGCUGAAUUUGCCUCAGGUGCGGCCGCCGGAGCAGCCGCGGGGGCAGCACUAGAUGCCGCUUCCCGCCGCAACAGGAGCAGUAGCCGGCGCCGAGAGGACGUGGCCUCUCCUCCGGUAUCUGUGAAAGUGAAAAUGCACAACGAUGGACGACAUGUAACACUCCGUCGACUGACCGAAGAAGAAGCAGCGGCGAGUCGUGAAGCCCGUCGUAGAGAGCGAAGGAACUCCCGUCGUCGCAACAGCAGUGCUGGCUCGUUAUCAGGCAACGAAGACACCGGCUACGACCGCUGGCGUCGAGUCGAAGAGCUCGAACGUCAACAAGACGAACAAAUGCGACGUGAGCAAGCUGCUGCUGCUGCCGCCGCCGGUGCACCCCCUCCACAGGCGUCCCUGGCGCCCUCGGGCACUAUGCCUCCACCUUCGUGGGUGCCACCAACCUCUCAACUCGGUAAUUUACCUCCACCUCCCGUUCCUGCGCCUUCUAGCAUGCCCUACGGACCGGGCAGUAUCACUUCGCCUACGUAUACUGGGACCGAGAUGAGCGGCUCGUAUGCAAACAACCGUCGCCGUAGACGUGCAGAACGAGCCCGGACCCGACAAGAACGGCAGCAACAGCACGGCGUCGAAUUUACCUAA